CACAUGUCUUCUCAGCUCACUGGAAAUCAGCAAGCCAUUCGCUGGCAUCCCCCUGCGUAUGAUAUACGUGUUGAGUCAGUCCCAAUACCCAAGAUUGAGCACCCAGACGAUGCCAUUGUGAAGAUCAAGCUGGCUGGGCUUUGCGGUAGCGAUCUACACACAUACCGGGGCACUGAGGAACUGACUGAUGCCUUGACAUGUGGUCACGAAUUUAUUGGUGAAGUUGUUGCAUUGGGAGAGAGCUUUCAUAACGGAGUUACUGGCAGACCAGACCUUUAUGCCGACUUGAACAUCGGCGACAAGGUAGUGUCUCCCUUUACUGUCUCCUGCGGAGAGUGUCACUUUUGCCGUGUUGGAUUUACAUGUCGAUGUGUGGAAAGCCGCCUCUUUGGUACACCGACUACCCCUGGAGGGCAAGCGCAAUACGUCCGAGUCCCUAGAGCAGGAGGUACACUGUACAAUCUCCGUGAUAUCGUAGGCGCAGCUGGAACCAGUCAGUCUGAAAAGGAAGAUGUGACGAAGCUGGCCGACAGCUCGCUGCUUUUACUCUGUGAUAUUCUCCCUACAGGGGUUUUCGCUGCUUUUCAGGCGUUGAAUCAUCCUAAAACUCUGCCAAUGAUGAAUUCCUGCCCUUACCCCCAGAGCUCGAGCUUUGCAAGAUUCGCGCUGUCGAGUAAGGUCUUGGGUGCAGAAGACGUGUCAUUGACAUUCGCUAUAGUAGGCCUGGGACCUGUCGGCUUGUGUGCUUGCAUCAGUCUUUUUGACAUCCUAACUUCGCGUGGAGCAGAUUUUCGCAUUGUAGCUAUCGAUCCGGUAGAAGCGAGGAGAGAAAAGAUGAAUGCGAUAAUAUCAACAAUAGCGAACAAGGGUCCACAUCUACAUAGCAUAGCUGUUGCGUCAAUUGAUGAAAGCAAGGAUAUCGUAGAGAAAUGGACCAAUGGACUUGGCUGUAAUGCAGUGCUCGAGGUUGUUGGGAAUACUAGCGCGCUGACUCUGGCAUAUGAACUCGUCCGUCCCUUUGGGAGUAUCAGUGCUGUUGGUGUCCACAGUGGAAACCAGAUUCCUUUCUCAGGUAGACAGCUCUACGACAAAAACGUUUCGUUUGAUUUUGGCCGUUGUCCAGUUCGAGCUAUGUUUCCAGCGGCAUUGGACAUAUUAUUGAGAAGGCAAGAUGUAUUUGGGGCAGUAGGUGGGACGGCCAGCCUAGUGGAGAAGAUCGUUGGGUUCGAUGAAGCAGCGGACACCUACGAGUUAUUCGAUAAAGGCAAAUGUGGUAAAGUGCUUUUUGAUCCUUGGAAAUGAGUAGGGACUCCGACUCCAGUAGUAUGAUACUAUGAUUUGUACAGAUAGGCCGCUGAUAUGUAAGUUAUGGGUUGGUAGUUUUUCUUUGGAAAAUAGGAACUUGGUGAUCGAUGUUU